GAACUCUGAGAGACCGCGGGAAAAUGACGUAAUUUCCUGUUUUGCGAAGGCGUAAGGAUGGCGCGGAGCUGGUGGAAAACUGCUUUAAGACAUUUUUAAUAGUUGCCAAUAACAAAAUUGAAAAUUGCUGCUUGUUUGCAGAUGACAGUAUACGAAUUCAAGAGACUUGAAGUCGGAUCGCGAGCUUCUCUCAACAGUGUUUGAUUGGUUUUACAGCUCUGUUGUCGUUAGCCGACUACCACACAUGCAGCUGUCAGAAAAUGGAGGAUCAUUUAAUGGAUGAGCUCUAUGGUGAUCUCGCUGCCAAUACCACUGUUGUAUAUCCACAUAAUGAUGAAGACUCCGUGGACAUAUACUCUGGACUGGAGAACAGUCCUAAGGGGGAUGGGAACAAACGAAAUGUCAACAUUUUCCUUUCCCCAAGGACGAUUGAAUCAAUGGAUAUGUAUGAGGAAAUCAUCCGGGAAGAACAAGAAGAGAAGCAGGCAACCUAUAAUGAGUUGAGGCAAAAAUUUGAAGCUGCACAAAUUCAGGUUAAGGAGCUGCUCUCAAGGUUACAGCUGCUAGAGACAAAGAAUUCAAGUUUGAACAGUGAAAACAUGUUGCUGAAGAAGAACAUUUGCUCUCUGAUCAAGACUGCUAGAAUGGAAAUUGUACGUAAGGAUGAGGAGAUUACCAGACUCAGCAAUAGGUCUGGCCGUGGAAGUUAUGCACAAAUUUUUCAUCAAUCUUCAAUGGAAAUUGGUCAGGCAAACGUAAGGCACAGUCUAAAAAAUACAUCACGUUCUGUCUUGGAAAACAGAGAUGGUAGACAAAACAAUGUUACACAUGAAGUAAAUAAGCCCAAGAGCAUAGUGUUGGGUAAAACAACAGCAUUAGCUGUACCAACGCAACCUUUUGAGGUGCUCCAAAGGUGCCCUAGAAAUACUGUUGAAAAUCCUUUAAAUCUUCAGAACAAAAACUGUGCUGCUAGAUCUGACAGUGAAACUAUUAAACCAGACCAAGAGCAUGGACAUUUACACCCCAACCGAACAUCAGAGACCAUAAAACAUCUGACUGUGCCAAAAGAUGCAGAUGUCUCAAAUUCACAAAAGCCAAGUAACGCAGGACCAACAGUUCCCAAUACAACUUCUAAAACUGUCAGUAAGAGCUGUCACUCAACACGGGUAGACAUACUAGAAAAGUCUCAAGAACAGACUAAUCGUGACAAAAAGUGUAACUUGCAUGACAAGGAUGUGUCUUCAAUAUCUCAGAAAAAAGUGGAAGGAAACUUGAGCAAGUCUGGAAGAACUGAAAGAGAGCUUAUAAAAGAUAUGCCUGUGUCUAGUGAAUCCACAAAUAAUCCGCCUGAGGUUACAGUCAUUCAUAAACGUUCAGGGAGAUCUAAAAGCCCAUCUUCCCAGUCAAACAAAGCUUUGUCAACUGAAGUCUCUUUCCAGUCUUUCAAAAGUUCACUAAAGACAGCUGCAGAUGUAGAGACACAGAACCAAGAGCAUAGUCAGGAUCCAGACAGAACUAUCAAAGGAACAGGACAUUCUGGCUGGAGGAGCACAACUUGUCCUGUGAUGGGUGAAGCAAGCCAUUCCCAGGAAAACAAAAUGGAGAAACUGGAAUCAAGUGAUCAUCAAAAAAAGGAGGAGAAAAGACAAGGGGCAUCUUCUAGUGUAGAAAGGAGGAGCAGUAGGACAGAGAAACACAGAAACCAUGAGCAAAAGAGGCUAAAGGACAGUGACAGGACUAAAAGAGAUGAAAGUCACAGUGGAAGUAGAGAAAGAAGAAGCAACAGGUCAGACAGCAGUAAAGAGUAUGAAAAAAGAAGUGUAAAGGAGGCAGAUGAAAAGUGUAAAGAAGGGAGAUCAAGGAAACAAGUUGAUGCUUUGGACAACAAGCAAGGAAAGGAUGUUUGUAAGGAGAAAGCAUCAAGCAGAAAAGAUGAGUCAUUAAAUCGCAAAAAGUCACAUAGCCAAGAGAACUCUAAAAAGAAAGUUUUUCGUAGUCCUUACAAAAAAGUAAAAUCUGAUAAGUAUGGUCGAGGAGAAAAGGGUGUUCCUAAGGACAAAGAAAGAAAGAAAGACCGUGGUUGUGAGGAACCUGGACAGAAAGGUGGAAAAUCCAAAAAUUUGGUUCUUAACAAAGACGAUCAAAAGGACUCCUUUCCUAGCAAUCCUUGCAAAACAAAAGACGAUAAUAGUCCAGACAGAAAACUGAGUUUCAUGGAAACGUUGAACCUUACUUUAUCACCUCUUAAAAAGCAAAGGUCAUCAUCUGAUGUUAAGGAACCUGUUGGGGCAACAGCUGAAGAUGCAUCUGUUGAUAAUAGUGGAAUAUCUGAACUUGGAGAGGAAUUCUUGGUAAUUGAUGAGUUACAGAACAGCCAGCAAAGUGUUGAGAUGAUGGUUGAGGACUCCAUAGAGUCUAAAACUAUAGAUCAACAGGAUGCCUCUACCAGUUUUUCCAAACAAGUUGAUGAGUUUUUUGCAGUUGUCACAUCUGAAAAGUCCUCCGCAAAUGAAACCAAUAUGGAGGUGCAUGAUGAGAAUGUUGCUGAGAUUCAAGAGGCUGUGGACAAAGUCCCAGCAAUUAAUAAAACUCCAGAGAAGAACUUGAGCGAGACAUUAAACCUUGAUGCCUUGGAUAAAGAUUCAUUAUCAGCAUUAAACCUUGCAGGAGCCUCUCAAAACUGUCACAACAUUACAGAAGAUUCCAUGGGAAUUACGGAUAAUCCUGUUGCUUCCAAUAGUUUGUCCACUGAAGUCUCAGAAAAUAUGCCUGAUUUAACAGUUGAUGGUUGUCAGAAACAGCAUCCCAUCAUAACUGUGCCUGAGGACACUUUUAAGUUAGAAGUCCGGCACAAUUCUCAAUCUGAGUCUCAGGAUUUACUACCUGCACAAAGUGGGAUUGGUCAAGAAAAUGCCUCUGAGAAGUCAUGUAAUAUUUCAAAGCAUAAUUUUUCAGAAAGUUCUGUCUCCCUGGAAGCUUCCUCUAGCACAUUUACUGUAGAUCCUGAUGACCAGAGCAAAUUUCUUUGUAAUGUAGAAGUAAGUACUUCAAAGCAGGACAAUGAGAGAGAAAUCAAUACACCUGAAAUUCUCAAACAUGUUGAACUGUCAGAGAAAAUGACUGAAAAAUCCCAUCAAAGUCCAUUAAGGAGUCCGAACACUACAGCUGCAAGUGAUAACACCACUGUAAGAGAGGAGAUAACAUCAUCUAUGCAGGCUAGUUUCUCAGAACCAGAUUCCAUAGAGAAAGAUGACAAUAACCUUAAGUCGUCUUGUUUUGACGUUUUGUCCCAUGAUGAAGACUCCAUGAUGCUUACACUUAGAAACAUCAAAGUAAUUCCAGAAGCCAUUAGCCCUCUCACAAGUCCAGUCCGUCAAGUGAAGGGAGUCCAGCCUCAUCGUGCUGAUAAACAACCACAUGUUAAGAGUCUUAGCAAAGACCUCUCUGCCAUAACGAGUGAUAAAGUGAACAUGGAGAUGAACAAAGAGAAUGAGUCACCAGACUCUUCUGUCACAUCUGCUUCCCAAAAAGUGACAGUAGAUGCCAUUUCAGUUGGUGGAAUUGAGGAAGAAGAGCUGGAGGAUGGUGAGAUAGUGAGUGAAAGUGAAGAAGAGGGACCUUUGUUUAUCCAGACUCCACCAAGAGAAAUGGACAAAUCAACCUCAGCAUCCCAUUCAAGUCCAAAGCUAUCUUCAGUUGGGAAAAGGGUGUCCCAAAAGAAAUCUUGUGCCCCUGUGAGAUCAGAGCAAAGCAAGAGCUCAGUGUCUCCUGCUUCAAGUGGCAGUCCCACUUCAAAUAAGAGGCGCUUUAAAACAGUCAAUCUGCCAUUGAAAUCAGCAGUCCAUACUUGGGAUGAAUUUAUGGACAGUUUGGCAAAAAUUAAAAUCGAGUUACGGAGGAAGUACAUGAAGCUUCACAAAAAUGUCAGUAAGACUGCUUUCUGCAGUAUAGUGGAUAUGUCUCAGGCUUCUUUUACAGAAUAUGUCAAUGCAGUUGACUUGGACAAAUUGUGUCAUCAGGGUAAAAACAUCAAAGUUAAACUUAAUAAGAUUAUAUGUUCUAUCUUGGGCAAGGUCACGAAAAAUGGCAUUGUGAACCGUAUCUUUGAUCAGAAAGCUGUAGACCUCAAGCAGAAAUUGUGGAAGUUUGUGGAUGGGCAGUUUGAUUUCUUGUUCAAAGAACUGAAGGCAGCACUCAAAAAUAGCUCUGAGCCAUCCGUAAAUGCAUGCUCAGCUGAAGAUAAAAAUACAACUGCUAAGGAAAACCAUGUUGUGGAAAAAGAUAUUCACAGAGCUAAGAAAGCCAAAGUUGAUGCUGGUAACUCUGGCAAAGAAGUACCUCCAAUAAAGCUGCCUCAUAGGGGUCUUGGUAGCAGAGGUAAAAAUAUUAAAGCUGUCAUGAAGGAAGACGAUGAGGUGACUAAAGUGAAGACAUCACACCAACUUCCUACUUCAUCGCCUGAAAAGUCUGUACGUGAGAGCACCUCUGUAACUGAGAUUAAAACCUCAUCCUGCACCCGUCAUCUCUCCAAUAAUGGAUCGUCGCAUGACAAGUCGGAUUUAGAAAUUUUCACUGAGCAGCAAGCUUCAAGCUUAACCUUUAACUUAGUCUCAGACUCUCAAAUGGGAGAGAUAUUCAAGUGUUUGUUGCAAGGGUCUGAUUUGCUUGAACCCAGUAUUCCAGUAGGGGACAAUCAAUGCUGGCCGGUCAGCACCCCCCGAAAGGAAGAAGCUCCUGGGGACAGUUUGGUUGGGAUUAUGACACCUUACAAGACUCCGUCUAAAUUCAUCACAUCCUGGUCUUCUAUUUCUCCGUACAAGUUUGCUUCUAACAGCAAAAUACUUGUUGACCCAGCAAUCCUUGAUGAGAGUUGCUUGUUAGAAGUUCCUUCUAGUUUUGAACCAUCCCAGGUUUCUGCACAAUCAACUGUAGUCUCUCAGCGAACUUUUUCUAUCCUGGCAGAAGACCUAGCGGUGUCCCUUACUAUUCCUUCACCUCUGAAGUCAGAUAGUCACUUGAGUUUUUUGCACCCUGGAACAGGCCAGCCACUGUCUGCCCCUAAUAGUAUUAUGAGUACCCAUUAUAGUGAAGAUGCUCUUGAUGGAGAAGAUCAAACUGAGCAAGACAUUCACCUUUCUCUUGACACAGACAACUCCAGCUGUGGGUCUAGUCCCAGUAGAACAUGGGAGGAACCUGAUCCAUCUGGUUUCCAGUUCAAACCCAAUUUACCAAUGCAGGCUGUUGUAAUGGAAAGGUCAAAUGAUCAUUUCAUUGUACGGAUAAGACACACAUCUACCAGCCCACAGGAAAAGUCAGAGUCAGGAUUAACUGUAGAGCAACCUAAUUUAAACCGGAUCCUGUCGCCAUUGCAUGAAGACUUGGGCCCUACACAUAGAGUGUCAUUGGACAAAAAUCUAACCAAGGCAACUGAGUCGGGUCACGUUUCUGAUAAAACAGUAGAUGCUCAUCCAUCAAGCCAAAAAUGUCCUUCUGAGGAUGUUUUUGAUGAGGGAAACAAAGCUAAGCAGGUUUGUAAUGAGGCCAAUGUCACUCCUAAAGAAAGCAAUUCUGCAGAGACCAAGACAACAGUAGAAAGGGUGUCAAGAAAACGUAAGGAACAUCACUCCGAUCCAAAAGCAAAGCGCUCCAAGACAGUCAAAUCACAAGAUAAACAUCACAAGUCAAGACAUAAAAAGCGCUCAAGAUCUCCCAAGGAAAAAAGCUCAAAAGCUGCAGUAUCUCCAGUGUCCCCGAGCAGCCUCUCUGCUAAGAACGUCAUCAGGAAGAAAGGAGAAGUGGUGGUGACGUGGACCAGGGAUGAAGACAGGGACAUUCUUGUUGAGCUAAAAAUGAAGGGUGCUUCACCCAAGACCUUUGCUGCUUUAUCAAAACGGUUAAAAAAGUCUUCAGAACAGAUUGAGGAGAGGUUUGCUCAAUUGUUGAAGCUAUUUAAGAAGAAAGAAAAAAUGGAGACCUGAUUUUCACAAAUCCAAAGACUUUCCUGCUAAAUACAGAAAUCUCCAUUGACUUCUAAAGUGUUUUUGACAUGUUUGAGAAAGCACUUAAACUUUCAAACCUCAGAUCUUUAGUAAAUUGUAUAACAUGGUGUUUUAGCAGCUUCUCACUUUUUUCUUUGGUUAACAUUCGCAUGUAACCAGAUUACAUAGCAGACAUGCAGGCACGGUCUUACAUUUUGGAUAAUUUAUUUAAUAGAAAAAUAUUUUCAUCUUAAUGCAUUAGGAUAUAAACAGACACAAGAAGUUGAAGUUGUGGCUUUUUAUUCUGUAAGGCCCAGUACAAUGGCAUACCAGUCAUUUACAGUUUUUACAUUUUGCUAAUCUCAAAUUAUAAACACAACUUCACAGUUACUGUUUUGUUAAUGCAGGCCCAUUUUUAUAAUGAUAAAACGAAGUACAAAUAAUUUUGUGAAAAAGUGGUAUGACAGAUUGACUUUUGUGAAGUUAAUUAUGCCUAGUUUUUAGACCUACCUCUGCAGAAUGCAAAUGCUUUUUAAAACAAAUACUUAAAUGCUUCUAUGAUGACAGUCCUCAUACGUUCAUCAUUUGUCACAUGGUUUUGAAUGUAGACAAAAGUACUUGCUGCUACUGGCAAAGUUAUUUUUUUCUCUAAUCUGAAUCUUUUUGUCAGCCACCCUGACAAGUGCAAUCUGAUACUAUUAAUUAAUAUUAGUAAUGUAAGCGUUACAUGUUCUUGUUAUCUAGUAAAUGGAAAGAUUUCCUUGUAUAUACAUGUAAAAUAUUUUUUCUAAUACAGAGAAAUCUAGUUGUGGAAAAAUUACUUCUAAAAUAUAUUUUGUUUGGAAAUAAAAUGUGUAAAUAUUUGAAGUUCAACAAAUCUUGCAGUGUUUCUAAAAUAAAGCAUAUUUUAUUUAAAGUUU